AUGAUCAACUUUCACACGUUUGCCCUGAAUGAAUCAGAGCUGCAAGACGAUAUUGACUGCGUUCGUCUCUACUUGGAACUUGCAGUUGCCACGACUAAUAGGGGCACCAGUAUGGAUCAUGAUCUGUCCAACUUGCAGAUUGUCCAAGUGGCUAAAGAUAAUACUCCCCAAGAUGUGGAUCCCGUAUUCAACGGCAAAAAUGUUGCGAUUUUCUACAUAAGGUACAAGGACUCAUGCGAGGCUCGAGUUGGUAAGGAUGUUGAUCGCGUAGCUAUAGUCAGAAGAGCCUUCUAUGAGAAGCGGGGAUGCUUCGCUCUUGUGGGCAAGACUCUGAGUUUAGGAAUUAUACCAACAAAAGGGUAA